AUGGCGUCUUCUCCUCACCAAUUACCCUUAAAGCGCGCCGCCGUGAAAACCCGUUUCGCCCGCACCUUUCUCCGGGCACUGCACAACCUCAACGCCGACGGCGCCGGCGCAAGCCCCGGCUCCGCGGCGCAGGCGCGCCGCAGACGGAGCCGGAAGAUAAAGCUCGCCGCCUACGCCUCCAUGGCUUCCGCCGUCGGGCCGCGGCGCGCCUGGAGCCGCGCCGUGCUCUGGAGGAUCCGGUCCCGCGCCUCCCUGCGCCGAAUUCCGCCGGCUCAGAGGAGUAGCCGCAGCCGCCGCAAGCCGAAGCCGCCGCCGAGCCGUACGAGGAGAUCGAGAAACGACGUACGAGGUGGUCGUUUGGAUUCCGACAAGGCUAAAGAGCUCCGGAAACUCGUCCCCGGCGGGAAAGCCAUGGAUUUGUGCUGUUUGCUGGAUGAAACUGCGCAUUACAUAAAGUGCCUUUCGUCGCAGGUAGAAAUCAUGAGAAACAUUGCCGACCUUUUCUCAACCUAA